ACAACAAACGAACGAACGCUGCCGCACACGACGAAGUUGUGGAUGGCGAUUUUGGUAGCAAGCUGGGCGAUGAAUCCGCCAGCGGAUGGCGUUCAGUUAGGAUGUGCAGUUCCAGCGGUGCGAACGUGUUCCGGGCGCGCCAAUUGGCCAAGUAGCCGAAAGCAGCCAAAAGAGCCAACCAUUUUCAGCCGGAACGGCAACAGUUUCUCCUCGAAGACAGCGCCAAAAUAUGCCAACGCCUGAUUGAGGGCCAAAACCGCGGUCGCGCGUUUUUGUGUAAAUAAACAGAAAACAUCAGAUCGGAAUCCAAAUUGAAAUCAAAUUCAAAGUCGAGCGGAACAAAAACAUCAGCGCAUCACUUCUCACAGAGAAAAAGAUACAGCUCCGCACAAUUUAUUUUUCGGUUUCAGCGCAAAGGCACAAGUUAUUCACAUUUAUUUCACUAAAUGCCAGCGUGCGGAAUGUCUGAUCAAUGAAUCGGCCAGCAGCGAACGCGUAACGCAUACGCCAUGUGAGCCGGAUCGAUGGGAUCGUGUUCCGGCCAAGCCACAAUGCCAUCCUCCUGUAAAUAGCCAGCAGCCUUUUCUACUCGCGUCUCUGUCAAAUGUGUGUCCGUGUAUCCACCACUGUAUAUACUGUAGACUCUAAUGGUUUAAACCACAAUACAAAAAGAAACCAAUAAAAGAAUAAAUAAAUAUAUGAGUACAGAGCAAAAAACGCGCGCGUUUUGGACACAGAACGCGCAGCACACACAAGUUUCGGUGCAAAAACGGGUAUAAAUAAGCGAAAUAAUAUUCGAAUGCUGUAGGAAUAGUUAAAUUAUUAGGAUUAAUCGAUUGGAAUUUCGCGCGCAAUAAGAACUAAUUAUAAACACGGGCAGCAUGGGACCAAUCAGACUCUAGAGCUAGCCACGCAUCCACAUAGUUAGUUGGACGAACGUCGAUCACGAUCACGAUCACUAUCACGAUCACGAUGGAUUAUAGCCGCCUGAAUGCCAACAUCAAUACGGGCAACAUCAGCACCGAUGACUUUCUGGCCGUGUUCUCGACCGGCAAGCCGGACAAUGCCACCCUCAAUCCGCCCCUUCUCAGUGUCGAUGGUCAGCUGACCCUGCCGCCGGGAUCGGGCUAUGUCAAUGUCAACGAUACGAUAUUCUUCCUGAAUGGCAGCUUCUACAACAGCAGCCUGCAGCUGGCGGCUGGAUUCUACAAUCAGAGCAGUGCUUCCGGGGCGACAUCAGGCAACCUGACCAAUCCGAAUCACACAGAAGUCCACUGGGAUGGCCGGUAUCCCAGCGGCUAUACGCUUACGCACAUCGUGAUCGCCUCCAUAAUUGUGACCAUCCUGAUGAUCAUCAUCGUGGUGGGCAACAUGCUGGUGAUCAUAGCCAUUGCCACGGAGAAGUCACUAAAGAACAUACAGAACUGGUUCAUCGCCUCGCUGGCGGUGGCCGACUUCUUCCUUGGCCUCAUCAUCAUGCCAUUCUCGCUGGCCAAUGAGCUGAUGGGCUACUGGAUCUUCGGCAGCUGGUGGUGCGACAUCCACUCCGCGAUGGACGUCCUCCUCUGCACCGCCUCGAUCAUGAACCUGUGCCUAAUCUCCCUGGACCGCUACUGGAGCAUCACCAAGGCCGUCGACUAUCUAAAGUCUAGAACGCCGGCGCGAGCCGCCGUCAUGAUCACGGCGGUCUGGAUUAUGUCCGCCCUCAUCUGCAUCCCGCCGCUGCUCGGCUGGAAGGUGAAGAUGCCCGAGGGACCGCUACCAAAGUGCGAGCUGAGCGAGGACAUUGGCUACGUGCUGUACUCGGCACUGGGCUCCUUCUACAUACCCAGCUGCAUCAUGGUCUUUGUGUACAUACGAAUUUAUUUUGCCGCCAAGGCACGGGCGAGGAGAGGUAUUAAAAAGCAUCCCCGCAAAACGAACAACGAACAGGUAACGAGCUUCACCACCGCCAAAAAAGGAACAAUACCGAUGCCCUCCUCGAGCGGCGUGUCCGCUUUGCAGCUGCACCAGCAGCGCCAAAUAGCCACCAUCGAGACACCACCGAACAGCGCCAGCCUACCGAUGCAGAUACCCACGGUGACCAUGGACCUGGCCUCCGACAUAUCCACCUCUGAGGCGGGGGAACUGGAGGCGGUGGCCGCCCAAACGGUGCUUGCCUAUGCAAAUCCCAAUGGGGCUGACACGAAUUCGGUCACCGUGGUGAGCAGCGGGAACGGGGCCACCGGAGCGUCCGGUGCUCCGCCCACCUCACCCAAGGAGACGCUCCAGGUCAGCACGAUAGCCACCGGUCGGGUGGGUCUCAAUGUGCCCGUGCCGCCGUCCAUGGGCAGCAACAACUCCGUUAAUGCGAUGAACAACAACAACGGCACCGUGGCCAUGGAUGGAAGCGCCCCCUCAGCCGGCGGGGGAAAUGGGAGUGCGGGAGCAACGCCUGGUGGACUGCAGCAAGCGGGCGGUAAUGAGCUGCGCGUCUCUCCGGUCGCCGGACGGUGUCGAGCCCUAUCCGUGGGCGUGGACACGGACAUGGUGAGUGAAUUCGAUCCAUCCAGCAGCGAUUCGGGCGUGGUCAGUCGCUGUGCCGUGGUCAAGCCGCUCAAGUUUCGCCUUUGUCAGCCGAUCUUCGGGCGCAAGUCGAGUAACCAGCAGCGGCGCAACGAGGCCAAGUCGGCGGCCAAGAACCAACAGCCCAGUGCAGCGGCCAGCAAAAAUCAGCAGCAACAGCAGCAGCAGCAGGUGGUGAAGGCGGAACUGGAGCCUGCCAUACCGAAGACACCGAAGCCCAGGGAUCCGGAGAAGGAGAAGCGUCGGAUUGCGCGGAAGAAGGAGAAGCGGGCCACCCUAAUCCUGGGCCUGAUCAUGGGCAGCUUCAUCGCCUGCUGGCUGCCAUUCUUCUUCCUGUACAUCCUGGUGCCGGCAUGUAGCAGCCAUUGCAACAUACCGGAAUCGGCGUUCGCCGUCGCCUUCUGGCUGGGCUACAUGAACUCGGCGCUCAAUCCGGCCAUCUACACCAUCUUCAACAAGGACUUCCGACGCGCCUUUCGGCGCAUCCUGUUCAAGUGAUGUUUGGCCUAUGUGUGCUGUUACAGGUGCGUUUACGCCAGCAUCGAGAAGGCAACCGAACGUGCCAUGGGCAGCACACCAAUGGGCUAUGGUCAUGGCAUGUAUCAGCACUACAGGCGUUAGAUUUGCUUCGUUUUGGCAGUGCUAUAGGUCCCUAGAAACAGAUCCCAUUCUCAAUCCCAUUCCCCUUCCCCCUCCCAGAACUGCAAGGCUAUCGACUUUCGAUGUUACCGGUAUAUGCACAUAUCUAUUAUUAGCCAUUAUUCAUUUUUCCACCUAAUGCCUGAAGUCAGUACUGUUAAAAUUCUUUUCUGUAAAACAAAAACAUUCUAUGUUGCCAACUAGUCCUUAAACUGUUAAUGCUUCGUAUUAUUUCAAAAGCAUGUAAAACAAUCAUUUGAAAAGAUAAAUAUAUUAAAAUAUGCUAGUUGUUACAGCUUUCGAUAUCGUCUAACCAAAUAAUCCAAAGCUUUGCAGUUCUAUCAGCUCCCAUAUGAUAAGACCUUCCCAAUCUUUCUUUGAAUUUUGUGUUUGAAUAAAAAAAAGUAACGAACAUUGUAGCUCAUUUCAAAAGCAAUGAACGGCUGUGAAUUUGAUGGAAUCUCUCAAUUUCAAUUUACGCAUUUUGGUUUCGUUUCGUUUCGUUUGGUUUCUCGAGCACCCUUGAACCCAGAGACCCCAAUCCCGGUAGCCCCAGAACACCUAGAACCCCCAUAACACCCAUAACCCCUAGAACUUCCAGACCAACCGAACGAACUCACCACAGCCAACACACUUUUCACACUCGACGAGCUCAUAGAAAUGCAUGAGCUGAGCAAACAAGAAUUUGAGCUGGGCAAACAUCUAUUAUGCUCCCUGAAUGGAUGUGUCCGCCAGCGACGUCUAUGGCCAUUCAACUUGAAAUAAUUUCGCAAAUUUCCAUUUGAGGCUGCAUUGCCCAUGCCAAAUAUCAGUGCAGACCGCAAAUGUUUCGAAAGUCGAGUUCAGGUAGUCCUAAAACCCCAAAGGGGAGCCCGAUCCCCAUUGUUGCACGAUGGCAAUCAAAAUGGAGGUCAACAAGUGUGUUCGUUGAAGUCGAGCGAUGGCAACAAAUUAAUUUAAUUCCUUUUUAAUAUUUUGGCAACCACUUAUCCGCCGCUUCGAUGACGAAAAUCUCGGAGUCAGGCUGCAUUUGGUCGGGUGCCAAAUCAAUAAUUCCUGGCGCACACAAAUGUAACUAAAAUCCAGCACAACGGCCGCACAAUUUGGUGUAACAAAGUGUAGAAACAAAAACUGAACCAGCGACAGAUUCCACUAGGCAGUCGCAGUUUUAUUCAUUCACUCAAAGAUGUUUCACUCAGCGACACACAAAGUGGGAGCCUGAAAAAAUAAACCAAAUGUGUGGCAACCAAUGCCUAAUGGGCACAGACAGAUGCAAAUGCAAAUGGUUGGCCUCUGCACUAAAAAAAAAAACAAGUAUUUUUUCUCUUAUUCUUUUCAUUUCGAUGUUGGAUCAAAAUAAUUAUAACUUUUUUACUUGCUAUUGUUUAAAUUACCGCUUACUAAGUAAAUAUCAGUACCUCAUAAAAGGAAUGUGGCACUUGCGCAGAACCAUCAUACUGACUUGCCAAGGUAGUAGAGAAACUGGAACUUUGAACAUUUUUUUUCUGUGUACGCAUUCCAUUGCGCCAUUUUCUCCACCAUUUCCCACUUUAGUUUUUGGCUAUGCAUCAGCAAAUGCAUGCGCCCGGCCGAGUGGAAUAGACACCCCGUCACCCAGUCAGUCAGUCUUCCAGUCAUUCAGUCAGUCCGUCAUUCAAUCAUUCAAGCAUUCAGUCAGUCGAACGGACAGUCAGUCGCCACUGGAACGCUACAAUGACACCGUGUUAGACGGGAAGAUGGUGACAGAGAAGCAUUCAGAAUGGGGGGCAGACCGACAGAAUCUGCUUUUGGCAUGUGGCCCAGAAUGGCUCUCCAUUUCGUUUGGCUGGUUGGGCUUGUUUUGCUGGGCAAAGCCGAAAAAAGGCAAGGAAAUGCCGUAUAUAGUAUGUGGUACGGCCGAAAGAAUCCACACAAUGUUACGUACAAUUUAUUUCACUUCCUGUGUGUCGUCCUGUCCCUCACCUUUCUACACAUUGUGGCAAGAUGAAACAAUACCUGCGAGCCACUUGCACCCAUUAUCAGCUAGAUUGUAAUCCGCAUAGAGCAAACUUCUGUCUCCAAUGAACCAUCUGAAAUCUGUGCUGCCCAAAAAUUUAUGACAGCUCUUAGCAGCGCUCGAACUUUCAACACAUGUCGGCAUAGUCGAAAAUUGUUUUGAUUUAUAGCUCUGGGCAAUAGCCUAAAUGGUUGCGGUUGCCGAAGACCCCUUAAAAUUGUUUAAGAACGCAUAAAUAAUGCGACCGAGAUCGGCAAUGAAUGCUUCUGUGCCACCAAGUGUUUCAUUUGAAUAAAUGGAAAAUGGAAAUCGACUAGAAAACUUUGAUGGUGUUGAAAGACAAACAGCAAAGGCCUUUGGUGCCUUCCUUUUUUUAUGGAUCACACAGCAAUGCUGCACGUUUUGGCAUUGUCAGCAAUGUGUGUACAACAACUGCACUCAAAUGACAAUUUGAACAACGACGACAACAACAUAAAUGGCAGGACGAAAAAAAGGACCGUCGUGCACAAAGCGAAAUCGAAAACAAUUGAAAUCGACAGCAAGGGAAAACCGUGGUGGGGGUGGUGCAAGAAGUAUGGUGCAGCGAGGGUGGUGCAGAAGGUACAUUAAAAUGCGCGACUACACGGAAAAAAUCCUAAAGAACAUAACGACUUUGCAGUAAAGGUAUCCAAAAAAUGUAUACAAUAUCCAGCUAUCAAUCUAUAACCUAUCCAUCAGUUCAGAUUCUCCUCAAACUGCUAGAGACAUUGGCUUAGCUAAAGCUAUAAUCAUUUUGCUUUUAUUUCUAGCGACAUUCGUACCCAUCCAGUGGGUAGAUUUUCCAAAGAAAAAGUAUCGAAAAGAUUUUUUUAUAUCUCCGCGUUGUUCUCAGUGUAAGCGCUCAUACAUCCUAUACAUACGCAGCACUUAACUGCACUUAGGUGCGACAGCCAGAUGAGUGUCGAACGGCAUUCCACGGAUGGCAUUGUUUUGCCAGGCACACUGAAAGUCGUUUUCACUUAAAGCGUAAAAAGCUGGCAGGCAUUUUGGACCACCCUGCGUAUACGCAACGCCAUCCAUUUUUUCCCCUUUUUUGGGAAAACCGCUUUCGCCCGCUUUACUAACGACUGAGGAGCAUUACUAAAAUUGCAAUUAACGUCACAAUUAGCAAACACCAUAAAUUAAAUGCUCGACUACAAUUGAAAAAAAGUAGCACAAAAAAAACAAACAAGGAGCCCAGAAGAAAUGGGAUGAAAAACAUUUUGAAUUAUUCAGAGCUAUUUAAAUUAAUUUCCGUAAUUGAAUUAUGAGAUUCGGAAUGCUAAUUUUUUGCUUUGUUUGCCUUAAUUGUUUUCAGUCUACAUGGGAGUGGUCCCAAAGCUAGUAAAUAACAAAAUCAAGCGUUAAACAUUUACAAUAAUGACAUAAAAACAUUUUAGAUUACUGUAGUCUUCUUGUCUCUUAUUUGCACAUUUUUUGUUUUGUAAAUUUUAAUUCCGAACGCCAGAGGCCGCAAACUCGCUCGUGAAAUUUAAUUAUUUAUUACGCGUAAUAUAGAAUUGGCAUUUCUGUCAACAUCUAUUUCGGCGCCGGGCAUUAUAUGCCAUAAGCCAAUUUAAUGGCUGAUUAACUUGGCAAAUUGCAGAGGUAUUUAUAGAAAAUCGGAUUGACAGGGAAACUCACUUCCAAUGCAUUUUUGUUUGCGGUUACGCCAUUUUCAAACUAUUUCGCCACUGUUGGUAAAUAUUUGGCUGAAUUUUUUUCUGCGAAUUACUAUCGCUCAUGCAGACAAAAGUUUAUUUAUGCGUUACUAUUGCCCAGACGCGCCACUCAUAAUCAGAAGUUUUUUCAAAGCGGGCAAAUAAAUUACACUAUAAAAAAAGUGAAUAAAAGCAUCAAAGCCAUCAAUAAAACGGCGCUCAUUCUCGUUUACGACCCGCCCACACGAUAAGUGCACACAUGAAAAGUGCACACAGAGAACUGCAUUGUUGCCGGUAUCGCAUGAACGCAUUUGUGACGCCGGAAUUUUUGGAGGAUCUGGGAUCGGGGAUCUGGUCUACGAUAUGGUCGUAUAUUGGGGCAAUUAUCAUGGCUGUUAAGCGGCUGGAGCAUGAAUCAAGGAAAUGACGCUCGCUGGCCUGCAUAUUAAUUAGUGGAGUAUUUUGAAGGCCAUAAGUAAAGGCCAUAAAUGUAAAACUCAUAACGAUAAAUGUUUGGACCAUAGAUAUGCACUUAGGUAUUUAUGCGCACUGACAGCAUGAAUAUUUAUGAGCCAGUGACGACGACGACGGCGGACAUUAAAAUGCGCCCCCCGUUGAUUAAUUGGAAAAGUUAAGUCGGUUGUGCUGGUUCGCUUCGGUUCGGUUCAACGGGUCGUAUGCUUGAUGCCUUUUACCUUUCCCUUUUGCAGGUCUAAAAAUGCCGCCCAAAACUAAGCAAAUCCAAUGCCUGUGUUCAGUUUUAGAGACAAGAAGGCAAAGGAAUUCAUAUGUUUGCCAUUAAGAUAAGCCAUGCGACCAUGUUAGUUAAAGUUUUGGCUUGUCUUUCAAAACCAAAAAAAUACAAUGACUGAAAUGUUAAAUGAAAUUAUUUCAUUGCAAAAACCAAAACGUAUUUCAAUAGUAAAACAUACACUUUUUGCUAAUUGUAAACAAGACAGAAAUAUUUAUGUACAUAUAAAUAUUAAUUACAAACAGAUAUACAUAUAUACAUAUAUUAAAGUUGAAUUUUGAAAUUAGAUAAACGCAACCGGCGGGUAUUCGAAUAGUUCAAAUAUAUUUAGCAUAAUUUAUAGUUGCCGAUAAAUGAACACGUUUACUCAUUUAAUUGUAUUGUACGGCAUAUGCAUAGCAAAAUUUUAACUCAUAUUCUCAUACGUGUCUGUUCCACUAGUUGUGUGUAGAUCAAAUAUGAGCAACAUAAAAUACCACCAGAUUACGAUACAACAAACCAAAACGAUACUUCACGGAACCGAAAACACGUGUAUAACAAUCUGUGAGUAUGCAAAUGUAUAUCAAAUCAAGCGGUUAAAAAUCAAAUUUCGCAAACUGACGAAAUGAAUAAAAUAAAUUAAAACUACCUACAUUUUAAGCGGAAGUCUUCCACUACAAUUACGCUCUACCCACGUGCAUUCUAUUUGUAUUUGUUUCCUCGUUUUACCGACUUCAACUUCUGUUUCCGGGCAGACUAUGUAACUAAAUGUGUGUAUAUCGAAUAGGUGUAUGUAUUUGAAAAGGUUUCUUCCCCAAACAAAAACAUAACAAACUAACCAACAUCCGAAACAUGAAACUAGAAAAAAUCCAAAUGAUGUGUAAAGCAAAUGGAAGGCAUAAGCCAUAAAUUUACAUUAAUAGAAGAAUGCUGCACAAAUUUGCAUGUUAGUUUCGCUAGCCAUGUAAGUUACGAUUAAUAAACUGUAGUUAACAAAGGGUAAAAUACACAAAAAUGUGCUAUGAGUAAGUAGAAACUAUGUUUAGAACCAGACAUGGUCGUUGUCGCUUUUAUUUUCAUCUGUUAUAUAGGAGCGAGUUCUCGUUUCGUUAUUUAUACAUUUUUGUAGGUCCACAUAGCUAACAACGAAGUAACAUGGUGCUAUGAGCUACGAUUCUCCCCGGUUCAUCGUGCAUCUCAUCUCGUAUCCACUCAGGGUGGUCAAAACGUUAAAAUCUGAGCCCCUUUUAACGUCUUGGUUGCAUGUAGAGCACCACCACAAAAAUCUAAAGCCUAAAAAGCAUAAUACACCAUUCACACCUAUCACACUCACAAUCGCCCACAAGAGAGAACUCAAAUCAAAAUUGGAAGAUAGUUAAGGGAAUUAAGAGCAUUUCAAACCUAAUUAGCUGCUAAGCAUUGUAAAUAACUAUUACUUAUGCCGUGUUAUAGGUCAUACAUACUAAAUAUAAUACGAUUACUAUAAUGAAAUGUAAAUUGAGCAACACAGAAUUGCAAAUUGAAGCCACCAAAGAAUUGAAUUUUUGCAUGUAAGUCGAACAAGUAAACUAAAAAGUAUUUAAUUAAACCAAAGCUAAGACUAAGUGUAGACAGAGUAAAAACCAAACACCCGAGACCCCUUUCUUACCCCCAAAAUAACAAGCAGCAACCGUAGUCGAAAACUUUUAGCAUUUAGGCAAUCAUAUAUCAUAGUUCAACUUAACUAAAGAUAUGGCAAUUCCCCUCAAAAACUACGUGUACAUUUUCUGAGAAUAGCCAAAACGACAAAACACCAAGAACUAAGACGCAUUUAAAACUUUAAAUUUCGUUGUUUUUCUACCACCACACCAGUUGAGUUUAAGCAAACGUAACAUUUACCCAUUGUAUGGGGCACGUUGUUUUCCUAAGAUCUUGUAGCCUAAGUGAAACUUAUAAUAUAGAGCAUACGAUACAUGAUAACUACGAUAACUAAAUUAAAACUAUUAGCUAAGCGAAUACAUAUGUCCAGUAGAAAGGACAAUAAAGAUUUAAUUGAAAUUAUACAGUACGAUUACAAUUACCAUUAAACGGGCGACGAGGAAUAACUCUAGAGGCUGCAACUCGAACUCAUCAAAACCAAGCUAAAGCUAACAAACAAAAUACAAAAAAGAAACCUUUUAAAACUUACUCUCGUUAAGCGAAUCAGAGAAACACUGCGCAAAGGCAGAAAUCAUAAAUGAAUAAUAAAACCGAAAGUAUUCUUAAAUUCUUUAAA